UUCGCCGUAUCAUUAUACAAGUAACAAGGGAAAGAAGAUGGCUAUUGUUUUGGUUGCUAGGCUGUGUAUUGUGGUAGAAGUUUACCGACGUUGCAGAAGUACAUGUUGCCUCCCUCAUCAGGGUUAUGACUGUGACUGUCAGCACACUAAACUAGUACUUUGUGAUUCUGUUAUUUUUAAAUUAAGUAGUGGGAUUUUUCCCACUACAAAUGUGUUAUACAACCACGACUGAAUCCCCAGGACUUUGUUCCAGUUUGACAACAGGAUACCAAUAUAAGGCCAGGUUUAAAAUGGAGUAAUCACUAUAUGAAACCCCUCACACCUUGAAGUCUGGUUGACUGCAUGACAGAUCAGAAGCUGUUUGUAUCAGUUUCAAGAGUCCUGAAUAUUGGACAAUGCCUCAGCCUGGCAGUUUCCUCAGUUUGGGGGAGGAGCAGAGAUUACACAGAAAUAGUGCAUCUGAACAGAGCAGUAAAAGUACAGAUGGUGUGUAUGGGGAUAUACCUGCAUCCUUCAGUGGUCGUAGCAAUAGGAACUGUGAAAGAAUGACAAGAAAUGACUAUGAAGAACUUGAAAAUGAAGUAUUGAAGUACUUUGAUAAGAAAUUCUACUUUAGACCACCAUUACAGGACUGGAAAUUGCCAGAACCUAGCAAGAUAUUUGUUGCUGAUGGGUGGAAGGAGCUGAGGCUACAACAACUGAAGACAGAGCUCAACAAUGUGAAGAGCAAACUGGACUUGUACAAUCUAAAUGACUGGCACAAACACACCCGUGCCAUGAACAAGGCCGGUGAGAUCCAGUGGAAACUGCGUAAUGAGCUGGAGCCAGAGUUUUUGACGCAGGCUUGGUGCAAGUUUUAUGAGAAUGCUAUGUCUUUCAUUCUGGUUACCCCCGUUGUUGUGAUCAAUGAGUGCUUGAAUUCAGUGCACUUGUGUGAGGCUCCUGGUGCCUUCAUCACUUCCCUGAACCACUACCUGAAGCUUCACAAUCCUGGCAUUAAGUGGAAGUGGCUUGCUACAACUCUGAAUCCCUACUAUGAAGGGAACCCCUUGUCAUGCAUGAUCAACGAUGAUCGCUUCAUCCUGCAGACUUUGGAGUCCUGGAAUUUUGGUCUUGACGACACAGGAAAUCUCAUGGAUGUAAAGAACAUGUUGCAUCUGGCGAAGGAGGCAGCUGGAAUGGGGGAUGUGCUGCUGGUGACAGCAGAUGGAAGCAUUGACUGUCAGGAGAAUCCGGGUGAACAGGAAUCAAUUGUGUCAUCCCUUCACUACUGUGAAGCUGUUUCAGCUUUGCACAUACUUGCAAAAGGUGGCAGUUUCUUGUUGAAGAUGUUCACGAUGUAUGAACACGAGACUGUGUGCCUUAUGUUCCUGCUCUGUUGUUCAUUCACUACUGUGCAGGUAUUCAAGCCAGCCACCAGCAAGGAGGGAAAUUCCGAAGUAUAUGUUGUAUGUCUUGAAUACAGGGGCAAGGACUUCAUGGAGCCCUGGCUUGAAGUAUUGAGGAAGCACUUUGGUCCUGAGUUACCAGACAAAGCAAUGUUUCCUCAGACAAGCAUUCCACAGGACUUUUUGGAUCAGUUGUAUGAUUGUACUUCCAUGUUCAAGAAUCUCCAGACUGAUGUGAUUGAAACAAACAUCCGGGUAUAUGAGAGAGGUAGGACACGUGGUGAGGCACACAAGAUGAAGAAACUGAGAUAUUUAAUUGCAGAUCACUUCAUGAAGACAUAUGAUAUGCAAAAAUUGUCUGAAUCAGAUGAAGUGGUUGGGAAAAGCAAGCUGAAAAAAACAAUGACCCUCAACAUGGAUCCUCGUGCUGAAGAAGGUUCUUUCAGUGAUCGCCGUAAGAAAUCAAAAUUAGAGCCAUUGCAGCUCCUCGAGGUUUUGAAGGAGGAACUGGAUAGCAUGGCCGUCAAGUGGCCAUUCAGUGAUGAUGUAAAGCACCUUCAGUUUCCACCGUGCGUCGAUGGGUUCAAACUACAGGUAGGAAAGCCUGUUAAAACUGUUGACAGUUCCAAGUUUUGUUUGGGCCGCCUGUUGAGAAUACGCAAUCAAGUACGUGAGAUAGCAAGAAACUAUAUCCAUCCCAGCCCUAGUAUAGAGAGUUAUGUACAGACAUCCCCCAGUCUUCCGAAUGGCAUCUCCUGUGAAAAUGAAGUUGCAGCAAAUCUAAAUGAAGAAAGUGAACUCUCUCAGAAAUUCAGGAAGGCAUAUCCUAGAAGAAAUUUAACCAUCUUGAAUUACAAGGAAAAGCUGUGGACAUCGCUGGAAAGUGGAAAUGAGGAAGCUGAGAUAAAUGCAUUCUGGGACAUUAUGGAUGCUUUUGAUAUGAUGUGGAGAGAAGACAACCUGCUCUUGCAGGGCUAUCCAAUGCUGACACAGUUUAAUGUGGGCAUUGUAUAUAUGCUGUGUCAUUUGUUCGAUGAGGUUGAAUUUGUGAAGCCGAUAAAAGAAGAUUUUGCAGUGCAGUUUAUUGGAUUCCGUCAAUGGAACCCAAAGAUGAGAAGUUUUCUGGAGGAAGUCGAUAGUACCAUUGAGAAACUACGUAGUGAGGGUUGCAACCAGACGGUUCUGUCUCUCUUCCCAAUCAACAUGCUCUGUGAACGGUACAGCAGCUCGAGUAAGGCAGAAGGGGAGUCCUAUGAGCAGCCACACAAGAGAGAGGAUGGUAGUGGCCAGUCAAAGAAGCUAGAUGAUUGUGAUAACACCUUUUACAAGUGUGUGACGGAGGUGAAUCAUCUCUGUGUGAAGGAGCAGGUGUCUGACAUUAUUGCCAGCAUUCUGGAGCAGCAAAGGCAUAGCAGUAUAUGAUGGCCAUAUGGCAUUGUUCCUAUCAGAGGUCAGACACAUCACCUUGGUGAACAGUGCGGAAUGAAGACUACUUUAAUCUUGAAUGACAAGGAAAACUUUGUGUUCUGUGCAUCGAGACCUUUCCCUGGUCUGUAAUAGUCUCAUUUAAAGCUUCAUUCACAGAACAAUACUUGUGACAUUUCCAGUUUCAGUUGCUUAAUGUUUGAAAUCAGUACACUCUUUAGCUUAUCACCUCUAAAGUUUAUGACUUGGUGCCUCUGAUAUAUUGAGCAGUUUGUUUGUAUGUGAUGCCAAUAUUAUGGUGUUUUUCAUUGAGAAAUAAAAUAUCAGUCUUUUGUACAUGCUCACGCACGCACGCACGUGCACACACACAGUUACGAUUUAGUGGCUAAUUGUGUUUCAUGAAUUUUCAUUCAUUGCAAGCUAAAAGUGGGGAGAAAGAAUAUUUAAAAUAACUCUUAUACAACAAGAAAGAAGCUAAGUAAAAAUUGCAUGUGCAUUAUUGCAUCCUGUAAGCUGGGUUAGCUCAGUAAGUAUAGUGUCUGAUAUGGACUGAAUGAGCAGAGUUCAAUUCCCAGCAGAAGCAAAGGAUUUUUCUUCUAGCCUCUGCAUCCAUACUGGCUCCUAUCCACUGGGUGCCAAGGGUGCUUUCCCUAGUGGGUGGGUAAAGUAAGGUGUGACACUGACCAUUCACCCCGAUCUAGUGCUGGGGUCAAGAAUGAGUAAGUGCCUUCAUGGCAUUUCACAUGACAGUUUUAAUUUACUGUUGCAUCCUGUGAUCUUCAAGAAGACUGUAUGUACGCAGUAAAUAAACUGUGACACACAUGCUACUUUUCUGUAUGUCUGUAAUCUGCCAUAGCAGGCCACCCCACAUUUGUACCUUUUACUGCAUUUAGUAAUAACAGUAUGGUGGAUAUGCUGAGAUGGGAGUGACACUUAUUAUAGGGUUAUGAAAUGAUGUGUGGUAAUUGAUAAUUAAAACAUUUCUGUUAA